AUGGAAGCCGUCAAGCGUUUCUUCUCGUCCCCGCGCUUCGCUGUCGCCGGCGCAAGCAAUGACACUAACAAGUUCGGUUACAAAAUCCUCGCGUGGUACCACCAACACUCCCUACCAGUCACCCCCCUCAAUCCUCGCACCCCGCAGAUCCAACUGCCCUCUCGUGUCUACGAUACGGUCGCAUCGCCCGGUGCCUUAACUACUCCUGCGCAGACAUCCUUAUCGGUUGUGACCCCACCUGCGGUGACCCUGCCGUUGCUGCAGGAGGCCCAUUCAGUGGGGAUUCCAGCCGUAUGGUUGCAACCCGGAACGUUUGAUGAUGCGGUCCUGAACUUCGCUCACAAACACUUUUCGGCGGUGAUAGCUGGCGAUGGCGGAGCAGGAGGUGAAGGUUGGUGUGUCUUGGUGGACGGCGAAGAAGGACUGGAGGCUGCAGGAGUGCAAUGGACAAGUCAGAAGCUAAGGGGAAAAGAGAUGCCCACCAGUUCCUUCAUCCUCGACUCACCUAUCCCUCCCCAACUUGACCUUGCUGGUGCUCCCUCACAGCUCUUCCUGCCCCCGAAUCCCUCCGCCUCGUCGGCCCUUUUUCGCUCCAUCGCUAUCCCCAGUCGCAAGAGAGCGCGGGGAGUGGAGUCGGACCAUCGAUCAUGGCUCGAUUCUCCAACCAGUCCCACCUCCUUCGUUUCACCCGAUGAUCGCCUCGUCGGGGUAGACGACGUCUCCGCCGAGCAUGACUACCGACCCAGUCGUUAUCGAGACCUACCGCUGAAGCUCCCCCUCGAUUCCAGCAUAGAAUCAUUCAGUGAUGCAUCCGGGGCUCGUCGCAAACGCAGUCGUCGAGAUCCAUCAUCAGUUGUGGCACCAUCCCCGUCGGGACCGGAGGAUGAAAAACUCGCCCAGAACAACGGCAAUGAUCUGCAGCCUGCGCCCGUGCGCUGGAGUCGCGCGGUGAUGGAUGCAGUCGGCAAGGUCUGGGACUUUUGCUGGUCGGGCGCAUUCCGGGGGUUCUAUGCCGGUGGUGGUCGCGGGUAUUCGAUGACCGCUGGCGAUCCGUCGGUGUCGCUGGGUCCUGACGAUCACUUGUGGCAGCAGCCCACGACAGAAAAACACGAUCUCACUUCGGCGCCUUCCGGUGCUCAUGAUUGGAAUGAGUCGGCUCCCCUAUCGAGCGAGCACCCUGAUGACGACCUGCAUCACAACUGGGUUGUGGUGGGCCGCGAUGAAUAUGGAUUUGAGGCUAGUCCGUCGACCCGGAAGAGAAUCCAUCGUAGGACGUCUUCGUAUGGUCAUUUGCGUCGGCGGCAGCCGGUGAAGAGGUCCUUUGUGUCGCAUCCCUCGUCGAUGUCGGCUAAGUCGCACUUCUCUACGCCGGCUAAGCCACGAGAGAGUCCCGUGUCGGUGGAGACACAACGUUACAUGGCCCAGAUGCGGCGGAUGGAGCAGGAGGAAGAUGCUAGUCUGGCUCGGUUGAAUCGGCAGUUGCAGGCGAUGAUCAAGGAGGGGAAGCAGGCAUUGGGAACCAGAGUGGAGGUGGACGACUUUAUGGAGGAUUAG